CACGUUCCGCCUCGCCCGCCGGGCCCCCGCUACAAGCCCACUCCCCACACCCUCUGAGAGCCUGAGACUUGAUUUGGGAGUGAGCACUGAGCGCGCCCGUAGCGGCCGGAUGGAUGGCACGGCGAGCCGGCCGGCGGCGAUGGCGGAGCAGCCCGCCGGCACCGCCGGGGAGGGCGCGAGGACGGAAGGACCCAAGGACCCGUCGUGGGAGUACAGGCUGCGCAAGUACCUCCUGCUGCUAGCCACGCUGGUGGCCACCGUAACGUACGGCGCGGCGUUCAACCCGCCCGGCGGCGUGUGGCAGGAGGGCGACCCCUCCCGCGACCGCAUCGCCGGCGACCCCAUCAUCCGGGAGACCAGCUACGCCCGCUACCUGGUCUUCUUCUACAGCAACGCCACCGCUUUUGCCUCCUCGCUCGUCGUCAUCGUCCUCGUCCUCAUCCUGUCCAUCCUGCACGACCGGGGCGGGAUCAGCCUGGCGCCGGUGCUCGCCAUACUCCGGCUCGUCAUGGUCCUAGACCUGCUCAGCCUCAUGGUCGCCUACGCCGCCGGCACGUUCCGGGACGGGCUCACGGCCAUCUACUCCUUGGUCCUGCUCGCCAGCGUCGUCGCCUACCUCGCCGUCCACACGUUGCUGGCCUCAUUUCCGGCGUCGGACGAGCAGAGGAUGGACAGGAGGGCGGUUGCGAAGGUCCACAAGGUGCUGAUGCUGCUGGCCUCGUUGACGGCGCCGGCGGACAAGGGGAAAGACGGCGCGCCCGAGAAGAAGAUGGACAAGGGGGAGGAUGAGUCGCCGGAGCAUGCCGGCGAAUCGGAGGCGGAGAGGGCGGACAAGAGCGCGCUGCUGCGGCUCCGCAAGGUGCUGAUGCUGCUGGCCACGUUCGCCGUCAGCGUCACGUACGUCGCCGGCCUCAGCGCGCCGGGAGGAUUCUGGGACAACGACGGCGGCGGCCACCGCCCAGGCCGGGCCAUUCUCAAGGGCGGACGCCACGACGCGCGCCUCAAGGCCUUCUUCGUCUUCAACACCACCGCCUUCGUCGCGUCCCUGCUCAUCAUCAUCAUUCUCCUGGACAAGAAGCUUGCCUUCAGCAAGAAUUUUCGGUCGGUCGAGCUCUACGUCUUCAUCGCCGUCACGCUCAUCGGCCUCGUCGGGGCGUACUCCGCCGGCAGCUGCCGGCAGAUUGACACUACCAUCUAUGUCAACUCUCUGGUUGGUGCCGUCAUUGGUUUCAUUCUCGUUCAAGCGGCCAUUGUUAAGUUUUGCAAAGAUGCCAUAACGAACAGCUGCUUGUGGAAACAACUAAAACGCAUCCGUGAUAAAGUGUCAGGAUGUCUGUGUGGCACAGAACAAUCUUGUUUGGAGCAGAGCACUCAACGACAGCCAAACACUGGCAAUUCGAAUGGCAGUGCCAAGCAGCAAGUACAUCAAGUGCUGGAGAGGGCUCGCUCUCUUGUUCUGCUGCUCGCCACUCUCGCAGCGGCCAUCACCUACCAAGCAGGCCUGAACCCACCGGGCGGCCUCUGGCAGCGCGCCGAUGCCGGCGGCCGCUACAUGGCCGGCGACCCAAUCCUGCUGACCACAAACCCCAAGCGGUACAAGGCCUUCUACUACUGCAACUCUGUCGCCUUCGUGGCCUCCCUGGUAGCCAUCGUCCUCGUCCGGAUGAAGACACUGCACCACCACAACGCCCUGGAGGCUGCCAUGAUACUGGACCUACUGGGCCUCAUCGGCGCAUACGCCGCCGGGAGCUGCCGGGACGUCAACACCUCAAUCCACGCCAUGGCCUUGGCCGGCGCGGUCCUCGUCUACGUGGUGAUCCAUCUUGUAUUGGUGGACCGCAAGGACGGCAGCACAAGAGGGCAGGAUCAAGCUUCACCGGAGAACGAGGAGGAGGAAAAGGCUAAGCAGUUGGAGAAGAGGCGCAAGCGGCUGCUCCUCUUCGCGAUCUUGGCGGCCACCAUCACCUACCAAGCCGGCCUGACCCCGCCGAGCGGCUUCCUGCUCAAGGACGAUCAAGCAACCGGGCACCUCGCCGGCGACCCCGUGCUGCUCAACAACUACCCGCGCCGUUACACGGCAUUCUUCUACUGCAACUCGGUGAGCUUCAUGCUGUCCAUCGCGCUCAUUAUCGUCCUCGUAAACCCCAACCUUUACCGGCCCGCCAUCCGGACCAACGCUUUGUCUGUUUGCACGGCGGCGGGCAUGAUGAGUAUCAUGGGCGCAUACGCCGCCGGCAGCACGCAGCAUCUCAAGACAUCCAUCUACAUCUUCGCAUUGGCGGCGUUCGUCCUCUUUGUGGUCAUAGUGGCUGUUGUGUUCUUGGUCAUCCAUGAGAAAAGGGAUCAGAGGGACAAAGCUAAAAAGAAAAAAGACAGGAAAGCAGAGCAGGCAUCCAAGGAACGGGACAACGGAGCAGAGAAACCCAGUGCCUCCCUGGAAACAGAUGCAGACUUGGAGAAGAACCUGAAACCAGAGAAUGAUGCAGAGAAGCCGUCUACCAAGGAGACCCCGAAGACAGAAGAUGAGGUACUACAAAAGAAGCUGAACGCCAAGCGCAAGUAUCUCAUGCUGCUGGGAAUCCUGGUGGCGAGCAUCACCUACCAGGCCGGCCUGGCACCGCCUGGCGGGGUCUGGCAGGAUGACGGCGCCGGGCACGCUGCGGGCGACCCGGUGAUGCACGACAACCGGAGGCACCGGUACCUGGCCUUCUUCUACAGCAACUCCACCUCCUUCGUUGCGUCCGUCGUGGUCAUCGUCCUCCUGCUGCCUCCGUCGCUGAACAAGAAGUGGUGGAGCUGGUGGCUCGGGGUGAUGAACACGACGAUCGUGCUGGACCUGCUCGGCCUCCUGAUCGCUUACGCCGCCGGCUCCAGCCGGUCGUGGAAGACCGCCGGAUACGUCUCCGCGCUCGUCAUCGCCGUGCUGGCCUAUUUCGUGGUCCAUGUGGCUGUAUCGUGCUUCUUGAGAAGUAAAGGAGGAGACAGCUCCGGCCACUCCGACCGUCAGAACGAAGGGGCAAAUGGACAGAGUCCAGCUCGCUCAAACUAAUUGAAGCUGGGUGUUUGUGCAGUUUUCUUUUGGUCCCAUUUUUGUAGAUUUGCAUGUUGUCUCGGCUCUUUUUUUUCUGAGAUCCAGUUUUGAAUUGUGAGGAGUAUCGUCAUGAGGAUAUUCAGGAGAAAAAGCAAAUCUCUCUAUAAGCAAAUCUGAAUCUGAUUCCAGCGAAAGCGGUAACAAGUUUGGAGUACUGCUCUCUAUCAUUACCAGUAGAAAUGCCGAUGCGUUGCUACGGAUCUUUACACGUUCUCAGGUUUUUAUUCUCUCAGAUUAUUAUUCUUGUUUCAUGUACGGUCGCUUAGCGUCUAUAUUGAUGUUGUCACUUCCA